CUUAACUCGUAUUGGAGGCAGGGCUAUUAACCAGGCUCCACCUCCAGCUGCUGUAAACUGAUUCUGACAGCGCGCGCAGAGGAAAGGAUGAAGUCCAGCAAACACAAAUCACCACAAACAACUGACACAGAGUUUGGAGGGGUGAUAGGUGCUGCAUGUAUAAUAGUGUUCCUCCCCCUCACUGUGCUCUUCCUGCUGAGUGUGUGUGUGUCUGAGGAGGGCAGCGUGCUCCGCUGGCCCCCCCCACUGCCCCCCCACUCUGACCUCUAUGACCCCCGAGCCGUGUUCAUCAUCACUGUGUGGUUCAGCACACACAUUCUGCUCUACCUGCUCCCAGUGGGCAAGGUGUCAGAGGGUUUAGUUCUCAGGGAUGGAAGCAGACUGAAAUAUCCGAUAAACGGGUUCCAUGCGCUGUGUGUGACGAUUGUGUUGGUGUGUAUGUGUGUGUGUGUGGGCGUACCCCUGGCUCACCUGUAUGACUUGAUGGUGCCGUUGGCGGUGUGUGCAGUGGGCGUGGCCUUCCUGCUCUCCCUCUACCUGUAUGCUCGCUCCUUCUGGGCUCCUGUACACGCACUGGCACUCGGAGGAAACACAGGUAACGCUGUGUAUGAUUUCUUUAUUGGACGGGAGUUAAACCCACGUAUCGGUUCAUUCGAUCUGAAAUAUUUCUGUGAGCUGCGUCCAGGGUUAAUAGGCUGGGUGGUGCUGAAUGCGGUGAUGUUGAUGAAGGAGGUGGAGCUGCGUGGAUCACCAUCAGUGUCAAUGCUGCUGGUGAACGCCUUCCAAUUACUCUACGUCACUGACGCUCUGUGGAACGAAGAGGCGGUAUUGAGCACCAUGGACAUUGUGCAUGAUGGAUUCGGCUUCAUGUUGGCGUUCGGUGAUUUGGUUUGGGUUCCGUUCACAUACGGCCUCCAGGCAGCCUUCCUUGUGUCACACCCUCAUACACUUACUCCCUUCAGUGCCCUUGCCAUCAUCCUGCUGAAUGGAAUCGGGUAUUACGUCUUCCGCAAGUCCAACUCUCAGAAGAACCAGUUCAGGAGAGACCCAACACACACUAGCGUCCGAAAUUUAAAGACGAUUGCCACAGCAACAGGAAAGCAGUUGUUAGUGUCGGGAUGGUGGGGGUUCGUCAGACACCCCAAUUACCUCGGAGACCUUCUGAUGGCGCUAGCAUGGUCUCUACCCUGUGGGUUCUCCCACAUCCUGCCGUACUUCUACGUGCUGUACUUCAGCGUGUUGUUGGUGCACAGGGAGGCACGAGAUGAACGUCAGUGCAGAGCGAAGUACGGCGCGGCUUGGGAGGCGUACUGCAGCCGAGUGCCCUACAGGAUCAUCCCCUAUAUCUACUGAGCUCAUUACUGCUGUCAUACACACUUUAUUACACUCUCUCACUCCUGUACCCUCACACACACCCAUAACAUCAGUCUCUGUGUGUGUGGAUGAGGCACGUGAAGAACCCGGUGAUCCUCACUGUACAUGGACACGAGGUUAAAUGCAACAUGUUCAUAGACCUUUUCCUGAUAAAGCCUCAAUUGAAAAAAAAAACAAAAAACACAGGUUCACGUGUUUCUGCUUCCACACGGUCAUGUGUACAUCACCCCGAGUUUAACACGCCCGUGUUAGUAUCAUGGCACAUUAACAACAGAGCAACACGAUUAAUGUAAAGAUGAUCGAGAUUUUAAUUUAUAAAAUGUCAUUUCAAACCAUUUACGAUUUUUUAAACACAUGCAGACACUCAGCUGUACGUCAGGAGGACACGCUGCUCUAGUGUGGACUACAGUAGUGCACUAGCUAGUGCACAUGACUCUGUGGGAAACAUUUGGAACACAGCUCAGGAAAAGAACAACAAUAAAGGAGUGCAAAAUGAGCAGAACAUGAAA